AUGGUAAAUACUUCUCUCGGGUUUAAGGAGAAUUCUGUAAUGAAUAUUGCUGGGUUUUUUGUGAAUAGAAGGGUGAUAAAUAGGGUCUAUUCUAUUCAGAAUCAGAAUGGAGAGAUGAUUAGUGAUCCUAGAAUGAUUGCUAAAACGUUUAUCUCUUACUACCAGAAUUUACUAGGAAGUGAUGAUGGGGAAGCUAUGGACAUUCAUUCUGAAGUGAUCUGUGAUGGUAAGGUUUUGACUGAAAACCAGAAACAUGUUGUUUGUAGAUCUUUUACUGAGAAUGAUGUGAGGAAUGCUCUUUGGGACAUUGAUGAAAAUAAGUCACUUGCUUCUGAUGGGUAUACUAGUAGCUUUUUUAAGAAAGCCUUGGACAUAGUCAAGACUGAUGUGUGUGGAGCUAUGAUUUGCACUAGACUAAAGGAAAUCCUUCCUGAUAUCAUUAGUGAAGAGCAAGGUGCCUUUGUUUCUGGUAGGGCUAUCAUUGAUAACAUCAUGAUUUGUCAGGACCUCCUUAAAGAUUAUAAAAAUCAGAGAAAGCCUCCUAGAUGUACAAUACAGGUGGAUAUCAAGAAGGCUUAUGAUUCCUUGAAAUGGAAAUUUAUUAAGAGAAUGUUAAAGGCUCUUAGUUUCCCUCCUCAGUUUGUUGGAGUAUUGACCAGAUUAUUCAAGAAGAUUGGGCAGAAAAGGAGCUUCAAGUUUCAUCACAGAUGCAAUCCUCUAAAAUUAAAUCAUUUGAUCUUUGCUGAUGAUUUGAUGUUGUUCUCUUAUGGUAACAAGGCCUCUGUGUCUUUAUUAGUUAGAGCUUUAAAGACUUUUCACAUGGUUUCAGGUCUUCAGGCAAAUGAGGAUAAAACAUCCAUCUAUUUUGGGAAUGUGAGUGAGGAUGUAAAGCAGGAGAUUCUGUUUUCUUCUGGAUUUGUUGAAGGAGAUUUUCCUUUCAAGUAUUUAGGAAUCCCUUUAAAUUCCAGAUAUCUAAGAGCUAGUGACUUCGAUGUACUCACAGAUAAAAUUAUGGCUAGUGUUACUUGUUGGUCAAGUAGGAAUCUGUCAUAUGCUGGCAGAGUGGUGCUCAUAAAUUCAAUUUUGAUUAGUUUUUACUCCUACUGGGCUCAGUGUGUUCUCAUGCCUAAAAGUGUAUUAGAUAGGAUUAAUCAACUAUGUCGGGCUUAUUUGUGGGAUGGGAACAUUUCUCUAUCCAAAGCUCCUCCUAUAUCCUGGGAUUGGGUUUGUAAACCUAGAAAGGUGGGUGGUAUGGGAAUUAGGAACUGCAGUGCUUGGAAUAAAGCAGCCCUGGGCAAGUAUGUUUGGAAGGUAGCUUGUAAAAAAGACUCUUUGUGGGUUGAAUGGGUGCACUCAGUCUAUGUUAAGCAUAAAGAUUGGUGGCAUUAUAUUCCAGGCAAAAGGGUAAGCAGGGCAUGGAAGAAAAUCUGCAGGGUUAAAGAGGAAAUGAUGACUGGUUUCAUUAGUAAUAGGUGGACAGAAGGUACUUAUACUAUUGUUGAAGGAUACAGCUGGAUUCUUGGAAGCAUGCUUACAGUCAGCUGGAAAAAUUGGAUUUGGAAUAAGUUCAAUAUUCCAAAACACACGUUUAUUGCUUGGUUAGCUGCCCAAGAUAGACUCAGACUGAGAAUUAAACUGUAUAGUAUUGGAGUGAGUGAGAGUAAGCAGUGCUUACUGUGUGGCAUAGCUCCUGAAUCCUUACAACACUUAGAUGAAGAUGGUGCUGGGUCUGAGGUUAGUUGGCUAGAAGGUGAUGGAGUUCAGGAUGAUCCCUCACGAAGAGUCAGUCAAGAAGAUAAGGAGCUUCAUUCAACUCAGUUCAAUCAGUGGCUACAGGUAAUACACCACAAUUCCCCUGUUACCUGUGAUGCGGUUAAUGGAACAGUAAAUAAUGGGAUUUCAAAUGACCAAUCGGAAUCGAUAAACCCGAAUCCAUUGAUGAUGGGCCGCUUAAUUCAAGGGGAAGAGAAUAAUAGGAGAUGGAGUACGUUAUUCAGGAACACAAGGGAUGAGGGUCUUGAUUUGACUAGUGACGAUCUUGAUGCCCAACCUGGAGAUGCUUGUGGUCUAGGUGAUUCUGGAAAGAUGCAGAUUACUGCUGAGGAUGUGGAUCCACAUAUUCAAUUUUAG